GCGUAAAGCGAAUAGUGUGGAAGCGUCGAGGUCUCUUGCUUGUUUCCCAAGAAGAAGAAGGAGAAGAGCGGCGUCUGAUCUCGGCCAUGGCGGCGAUUAGGCGUCUGAUCCCGUCCUUCAACCGGGUGCUGGUGGAGAAGGUGGUGCAGCCCAAGAAGAGCGCCGGCGGCAUCCUCCUCCCCGAGACCUCCAAGCAGCUGAACUCUGGUAAGGUGGUGGCUGUUGGCCCUGGCAACCGUGACAAGGAAGGGAAGCUGAUCCCUGUUGCUCUCCAGGAAGGCGACCAUGUGCUCCUGCCUGAGUAUGGUGGUCUUGAAGUCAAGCUUGCUCCUGAGAAAGAGUACCUCCUCUACAGAGAGGACGACAUUCUGGGCACCCUGCACGAGUGAAUUCGGACAGUCAGGAAUUCAUCAGCUGCUUUAAUGCAGGAGGAGAGGAUGUUUAGAGUUUCCAUGUUAUCGGAUAAACCUUGAAAUAGAACUCUUUUAUGGUGUGAUGAUAGAAUUUUGCCUCGAACAUCAUGAACUUGAUAUGAUUGCUGCACGCUUUCAGUCGUGAUGCGAUUCAGUAAACUUGUGGAGCUGAAGUGCUGCCCUUAAUUUUCGUCAAA